UUCUGUUCUCCAUCUCAAUCUCAUAUCUUCCUUUCUUUCUUUCACUUUCUGUGCCAAUCAUUUUCUAAACCACUUAAGUAAAAGCGCUUCUGUUGAAGAGAAAGAAUCAUUUUUUUUACAUAGAAGUCAGCAUUUUUCUCAUAAUGGGCUGUUUUUUCCUAUGUUUUGCCGCUAAUAAUAAGCAUCGAAAGCACAAACGUUUGGCAUAUGCAACCCACUUUAGAGACAGAAGACAUGAUGAGGAUAACGCAGUUCUUCAAGUGACUGAAUGGAUUAAGCAAAUGGAAACUAAGAAACCCAUUUCAGAAUCAAAAGAGAAGCUUGAGAAGCCAUCCAGUUGCGUUAUUGAAAAGAAAGUUACUUUUGAUUUGAAUGUUAAAACCAACGGGGAAGUUAAUGUUAAUGAUGAUUUAGUUAAAAUUAACAAGGAGAAGCAGGAGACUGAGGAAAUUAAUGUUUUUGAUAAUUUAGUUGAAAACAAUGAGAAGGGAGAGGGUGAAAAGAGAGAGGAAGAAACAAAGGAAAUCAGGUUAGAUUCUGAUUCAAGUACACCAAAUGAAACAUCUCAUAUUCAAAAUAGAUACCAAAGUUGUGCAAGUAGUGAAGAGGAAAUUGAAGACUCAGACUUAAAAGAAUGUGCAGUAGAUGAUGGUGACAGUGGUGGUGAUGGUAGAAUUUUGGUUCAAGAAGAGUCAUCCGAGUCAUUGUUUUCUUUAUCCAUAGACUCUAGGAAGCAGAUUUCUGAAGUUGAAUCCGGUGGAAAGGAGGUGAACAGUAGGCCAAUGUCAAUCCUUUGCACUACUCAAAAACUUGAGGAAAUCGGAUUGACUAGAAAUGGUAGAGAUAGAAGUCAGUUUGUUCAAUCUGUUUUGAGUCCAGUUGAAAAUGUUACUCAAUGGAAAGUGGUAAAAGCAAGAGCAACACCUCUGCUGUCCAAGUACCAAGAUAAGGAGAACAUCUGUUUGGCACAAAUUCAUGAUGUUCCCACUAGUCCAGAGCCUAAGCUAUCAGCCUGCAAUGCAAAAUUGAAUUCCAAAGAGAAGGCUAUGGAACAAGAAAUUGCAGUUGAUACCAGCCUCUCAAGCUGGCUGGUUGAAUCUGAAACCACACCAAAGUCCAAGACUAGCGCUGUCUCUGUUUGGAAUUCAUUAUCAAAGAAUGUGAAUUCAUCAAGAAGUCUUGAGGAUAAACCAAUCUCAGGAGCCUUGAUGGUUGAGGAGCUCCAACAAGUAUCUGCAUCUAAAACUCCAAAAAGGGCAAGGAGCUGCAGUCCAGAGGAACCUGUAAUAGGGACUGUUGGGAAUUUCUGGAAACAUACUGGGAAAAUUAUGGAUUCAGACUCAGGCUCUUCUACGCAAGGAAUACCAAAAACAAUGAGCAGAUAUUGUGAGGAUGAGAGAUUGAACUUGCAGUCUACCCCCUUUGAAGCAAAGAUUAGAGAAAGCUUUGGACAUUGGUGUUGCUGAAGUUUAGCUUGGUUUCCCACGGCGCAUGGGAUGGCUUGCGUAGAAGUGUUUUGGUAUUUUUAUGACACUAUAAGUUAAUUGCCUUGCAAAUAUAUUGGUGGUUUUUGUAGUUUGUGAAGCAAAUGUUAAACUUAUGUUGGCUUUUCUCCACAUUCUAUUUAUAUAAAUUUAGACUUUCAUUCUUAA